AUGCUGGCAGCCCUGAACGGCUUCGUCCUGGUGGUGACGGCUGAGGGGAUCAUCUUCUUCUGCUCUCACUCCAUCCAGGACUACCUCGGUUUCCAUCAGACUGACGUGAUGCAUCAGAGUGUGUUUGAGCUGAUUCACACUGAAGACCAGCAGGAGUUCAGGAGGAACCUGCACUGGGCCCUCAACCCCCCUGUCGGCCUCAGACCCCCCACAGAUCCCUCAGCGGAUGGUGAGUCAGCGUCGCCCUCUCCUUGCCUCGUGAGCUACAACCCCGACCAGCUUCCACCGGAGAACUCUUCUUUUCUGGAGAGAGGCUUCAUCUGCCGCUUCCGCUGUCUGUUGGACAACUCCUCCGGCUUCUUGGCGCUGAACAUCCAGGGUCGGUUGAAGUUCCUCCACGGUCAGAGCAGUCAGCAUAGCGACAGCGAGGAGGGCACGCCGCCUCAGCUUGCUCUCUUCGCCAUCGCCACGCCCAUCCAGCCCCCAGCCAUCCUGGAAAUCAGAACGAGGAACAUGAUCUUCAGGACCAAGCACAAGCUGGAUUUCACUCCCAUGGCCUGUGACGCAAAGGGUAAAAUAGUUCUGGGAUACACCGAGGCGGAGCUGAGAGUUCGAGGUUCUGGUUACCAGUUCAUCCACGCUGCCGACAUGUUGUACUGUGCCGAAAAUCACGUCAGAA